AUGAAUGCGAAUACAACGCUCACUAAAACCAGCAUUACUCAUAGUAUCAAAAUUCCGUUGAUGUUGAUGAUAAAGUAUUGCCCUUGCCCACCACCACCGUCUCCCAUUUCAAUCAGGUCUAGCCGCCUCCGCAGCCGAAUAAGCUCCUUGCCACCCAGCUUGGUCAUAGAGGAGACAUCCACCACCAUGUCUGAUGCUAAUACUGAUACUGAUAUUGAGACUGAUUCACAAUCAGUUUCCCGUCGCCUUAUUUUGCUUCGCCAUGCUAAGAGCUCCUGGGACGACCGCUCACUUCGAGAUCAUGACCGGCCACUAAGUAAAGGUGGAGAGCUUGACGCUGCCGAAGUCUCUCAAAAGCUUCUGCAAUUGGAUUGGAUACCUCAGCUUAUUUUGUCUAGUGAUGCAUUGCGAACCAAGGAAACACUUAGAAUAAUGCAGCAGCAAGUACCGGACUUUUUGGAUGCAGAGGUUCAUUUCAUUUCAAGUUUCUAUUCUGUUGCAGCUAUGGAUGGUCAGACUGCUGACCAUCUUCAACAAGCUAUCUGCAAUUACUCAAGGGAUGGCAUUCUUACUGUAAUGUGCAUGGGGCAUAAUAGGGGGUGGGAGGAGGCUGCCUCAAUGUUCUCUGGUGCCUCCAUAGAGCUAAAGACAUGCAAUGCUGCUUUGCUUGAAGCUACUGGGAAAUCCUGGGAAGAGGCAUUUGCUUCAGCAGGACUUGGCGGGUGGAAACUUCAGGGCAUUGUGAAACCGAGUGAUAGCCCAAAAUUUUGAAUCCCAUCCACAACAUUUAGACCUCCAACCCUCCUCCUUUCCAAAAAUAAACAAGAUCCUGCCUUUUGGUUCUUCUCAUGGGCUGAACCAAAUUCGUCCUCAUUUAAUUGUUCAGGAUCUUUGUUGCAGUUUGGGCAGACAAUAUCAUCCUCCAACUCAGGAAAGGUGGAAAGCAAUGCUGUGUUGCUGGAGAUGCGUAUGGUUAUACAGGAGAAACAUCUAGAGCAGUUAUUCUAUUAAAAAAAAAAACAGCAAAAGAAAAGAAAUUUCUACGGCAGUUCUGUUGAUCCGAUAUAUGUUCAUCUUUAGUGUGCACUGCUGUUUUUGAAAUGACAAAUCAGAUGUAUCGGACUGUAUUCGUAUAUAAUGCAACUAAUCUGAUUCCCUCAUAAAUGGGGAUGCCAAA